AUGGAGAGUAUCGAGAGCCUCCGAGCCAUAUUGGCAAACUCAGCACGUACGCCAUCAUCUACCUCUACAUCACUAAAGCGCUCUCGUCUGGAGCCACUUCCCUAUUCUGGCUCUGAAGAGAUGCUUCACUACCCAGCAAUCGACGUCCCUGGCUCAGACAACUUCUUCCGCGCAUCCAUUACUAACACCCGCGCGCUCAACAGACACCCCGGAGCCGACAUGCACACCGUUGACAGUCUUCGCAAGCACGACGCCCCGACGUCUCCUCCCGGCUUCACCACCACCACCACCACCACCACGAGCGUUUGCGCUCACACCGCCAGAGUCAGACACCCCACCCUAUCCCCUCCCACUCUGCGCGCCGAAAACACGGGCUCGACACUCUCACUCGCCUCAACCGCUGAUACUAACAAAAAUGGACGCGACAUGAGCAGCAUCUGGGACUCCGAGGACGACGAGUGGAUGGACGCAGGCAACGUGGCAGCGACGUUUAAAGCGAGCUAUAAUAUCCCUGCGCCGCGCGGAUGGGGCGAUACGAUCAAGAGUGUGUUGGUGGCGAAGAAGACAGACACAGAGGAAUGUGAGAAGGUUCAAGAGCUGGGAAAUACGUGGGGAUAUGACGCAAACGGCGAUGCGAACGACGAAGUCAUCAAGACCAUCCAUCUCCCGCCGACGCGGGAUUUCGCUGGGCAGUCGCCGAGAUGCAUGCGUGUUGUCGAUCUGGAGGCGUACUUCACCGCGACUGAUCUGCUGGUGCGACAUGCGAGGCCGAGGCUGUGCGAUGCGGUUGCUACGGUGCUGUCACAUACGACGUUUCUCAACCCGACUGUCAAGGAGUUUGUGUAUCGCCGCAAAGUCGACAAUAACGAGGGCGGGCUGAUUCUGGUUAUCCGGCGCGAGGGCAACGAAGUCAUCUGCGGCGCGUAUCACAACCUGGCGUUCAAGAAAUUGUGGAAGCUGUAUGUCAAGUCUGUGGUUAGCGUCACGGGUCAGUGGCACGAGGUGUUUGCGACGGUCAAGACGGGCGAGAUGGCUGUCACCAAGGGCAUGCCGGAGUGGAGCACUAUCCUACUAGAGGUUCAGAAAGAUACGUUGGGUCUGACGAGGACGAAGAGCGCGCAGCGAAAGCUCCAACUGUCACCAACGAAGAAGAUAGCCAAGGCCGCGGAAGACGUGAUGGAGACGGAUCCCAAGUUCAUGCUGUUCCAGAGCCGGGUCGUCGCUCUACGUCUCCUAUGGGAUAUCUGGUAUCUGUUCGACAAGAAGUAUGACUGUCGGGCAACUUGGGCUACAGACGGAGAAGAGUCGGAGGUGCGUCUGUCGCGGGCAUUGGUGGGUUCCGGAGAUCUAGAGGAUUAA